AGGGUGAUUGUAACGAUUGAUAGUAAACGGGAAAUCAUAUGACAGAGCGUACAAGAGAUUCGUGACGAUAUAAACGGCACUGUGAUUAUAGCAAAAGCCCCAAGGAGCGAGCGGUGAGAUGGUAGGCUUACGGGCAAUUACGUCCGGCAUUCCGUCUCACAACCUUUAAAAAGGAGAGAAUUUCCGCAAUCAGCGACCGCUCAUCAAAAAAAUCUCAAUCUCGGUCAAGCCACGAAGGUCGAGUAACGUCCAGGCAGGUGUGUGGGAGAUCUCAGAUACCGUUGUAAUAAUUUUCGAUUCGCGCAUUCUCCCCGAGAGGAGUCGCACAGUGUGAAUACGAUUAGUUGAAAUGGGUGUCAUCAUUGCGGUUGGUGGGAGUGAGGACGAGGUCGACGUCUCUCUUGCUGGUCGUUUCUUGUUGUUCGGGUGUGGUCAACCGUGCAUCGUCCUCGUUGUUGUCAAUCCCGGCCGCUCGAAGACGAAUCCUGACCAUAUUGGUCCUGCCGAGGUUGUGAGCCAAAUCGUACAAGUAGGAAUCUUGAGUACGAAAAGAUUGAGAGUCGAUGCAUCUUAUACCUUCGGAUCGUGGAGGGUCGAGAGCGAAAGACUUCCUGCGCUUCUCGGGCGACUGUUUGCGCUUCUACUAUGUCGAACAUAUCGCUGCAACGCGCGCCUCACUGAGCGCGAGAUCGACACAUGGAUGAGCGGCGACCCGCCAGUGCGAGUCGCUGAAUCGAUGCGUUUCGCUUGGACAUGCUCUCGACGGUUCCUGGAACUUGUUGCCCGCAUCUUACGGGAUGGGAUGCUUGGCGAGUACUGUAUCGUGGGAAUUGCUGACCUGAUCCCCCCGCGUUCCCGGCCCGACUUUGUCAACAAAAGAGCGAUCGUGACACCCAUAUCUGGUAGUUUCGGUUCUCACACACGCAAGCAUACGCACGUACAACCUUUCAGGCCUCCCAUGCACUACCAUCUCGGAAACUCGUUCGAGAUCCUCUCGAUCCGUCCCGCAUCAUCUCGUUCAGACCUCGAGACACCAUUACCACCGUCAACACCCAGCCGGCCGCACCCAUCUCCGGGUCGACGUCGCUCUCCUUCGAAGCCUUCGAGGCUUGCUUUACUGUUCUCCCGAUCCGGCGAGCUGGGCUGGGUCGCCGUACUGCCAACCGUACUUGGCAGUACCAACUCUCUGUUAGAUUUGCUGGCCAAAUCCGAACAGACGUCACGAUACCCAGGAGGGGACAAGAAGGACCAGAAGGACAAACCAGAGGAUAGUCGGUCUGCUGGAGCAAUCAAUAGCGAAUAUUGCGGUGAACGACCGGGCUACAGCGGGGGAUCGUCCUCGACCCAGGCUCAACCACCUGGUGGUCAAGGCCCUCCACCACAAUCCCCCUCGCAAUACCAACAAGCACACACACAACAAAGUACAGCACCGCCGCCAACGGCUUCGAUGUCGACAUCGGCCCGGACAAUCACACCUCCUUCACCUCGCUCGCAACCUCCUUGGCCGUUCCCAACUUCUACCAAUCUUCAGGUAGACCCGACGAAUCCCCAGUCUCACGGGAUCGUCCGCUCUGGUUCACCUAGUACGAGCUCGUUUGACAAUACUGCUACGCAUAGCAAUCCAAACCAGAAUUCCAGUCAGAACACGUAUGCAAACCCUCCGCCUCCUCCCAGCAGGUUCGGUUCGAGUGGGUCUUGGUCUCGAGGGAAAAAGUCGAGGUUUUCUUCCGUCACUGCCGGGUCAUCUACCGGUGCUGGAGCGGGCGGGAGUGGGUCGCCGACGAGACCAGGCCACGGGCAGGAUGUGCAAGGGAAUGCCGGUACGGACGAUCCGGGAUCCGGAGGUGGUAUUGGACAUGGGAGGAGGAUGACGAGUAUCACAGAAGGAAUCCCUUCUUCUACCUCCUCGCAUCAGCCGGCACAAACGACUUUUUCAAUACCCGGAUCACGGGAAAUGAAUAUGGGAUCAGGUUCGAACCCGAGUUCGUUUCCCCGUUCAGCCUCUCCUUCUCGCUCGUUCCCAGAUCACCAUCACCCGGCGAACGCCCAAACGCACUCGCAUACUCACCAUCUCUCACUCUCCGUGGCGCCGAGGGGAUCGUCUGCCAUGCCUCCUCCUUCGCCGCACGCUCGAUCUAAGCCCAGGGGGUUGUCAGAGAACGGGAAUCUGAAUGGGGAGAAACGCCGGGCGGGUUGGUUUGCCGGCUUGGUUCCCGGUGGGUCCGGGGGUACGAGUAAUAAUGCUGGAGGGACAGCUACAGGAGGAGUCGGGCAGGAGGCGGAACCCGCAGGGAGGACCCGCAGAUUGGGAUCUGGGUCGUCGAUACUCUCUAAUCCGUUCUCUACCUCCGCAAGAGACCCGGACCAGAACUCCACCACCGCCUCGACCUUGCCCAGAGGCUCGAUCGACGAGGAUCCCACCUUUUUCAGCGGGCCGGCCGUCAAUCGUUCGGCGAGCUUCAAGUUGGGGUUCAGGAACAGGGUCUCUAGUUCGAGUAAGCCUGGGACGACGACGGUGGGAGGGCUGAACAUUUCGGGACCGAUCGGGCCGAUGGUCAAGGCUUCCCAGGAAGAAAUUCUGCAAGAGUUUGGCCGGCUACGGACGGGCUCCGAGGCGGACGACCCGGUUCUGAGGGAAUUCCGGUCCACAAGCCUGGACCAAGGGCUCAAAUUGCGUUCGAGCUCGUUUACCGCAGGGGACAAACCGAGCUUCUCGUCAAGCCCGCUGGAGGAUAAAGAGGGCGUAUUCAGGCUCGCUUCACGGGUACCAUCUACAGGCGUACCCAACACUGCGCCGAUUCAACGGCCUGUCACGCCCGAACGUACACAGCUGGCUCAGAUGCCUGGGACGCCCUUGGCACAGACCAGGAGCGGUUCCUACAAUGGUACUAGUCAGAUCAACUUGUACCCGACCCCGUUAUCCCCUCCAGUGAGGAGACCCACUGUCGCGAGCCGUCGAUCGGGACAAUCGCCAGUUCCUUUUGCCUGGCCCCCCAGAGGCGUCGAGGCGGGUUGUCUCUCGCCACGCCAGCCUGCGCAACAAGACUCGGUUGAUGUAUACUCCUCGGCCGGUGAAGGGCAAGGUCCGUCGUUCCGACCUGCUUCUCCCUCUGGGAGCCGGGCCAGCCCGAGCAGCGCCGAAUGGUUAUCCCGUAAGCCGAGCUCGACCUUCGACCCUCAUACUCGAGAAUUUGCACUCGGCCCAGUUAGGCCGAUCGAAGAGAGGAACACCAAGAGAAAACCCGUACCCCUGCUAUCCCGUACUGCGGAGCCGGUUCAGCUCCCACACCUCAGACAGCGGACAAGUGACGACUCCGAGGAGCACAAAUACUCGACAUCGGGCGCCGAGGCGGACGAAGACAGCGAGGAGCAGCUAUCUAGCGUCGAGGACGCCGUGAUCACGCGGGCUGAGCGCGUCGUCUCACCUCGCAAGGAUAGCUUUUCUUCGACCUCAUUCUCCAUCGCAACGACACCGCCACGAUCGCCUGCGCUAGUGCCAAGGGAUUCCAAGGACGAGUUUCAGGUCGAGACGGUCUGUGUGCCAAGCGCCGACGGCGAGACAAUGCGGUGGGAGAUUGUCGUCAGAAGGAUGCCUUCUGGAUCGUCGCCUGGUAGCGCGGGUGUCUCCAAUGCUUCAGGUCCGGUACAGCUCUCACAGCACCGUACGACCACCAGAGCUCCUAUCACCGCCUCCUCGCUGAACUUGUCGCUCUCGCUCGACCGACCCACGGGCAAGCUGGCGUUCUUGAGUUUGCCUACUUCCGCCAAUGAUCCACACGCAACCCCGGUCCGAUCUCGAGCGCCUCAACCAUCAGCGUCCGGCAUCGCCAGGGCCCGCAUUGACAGCUCACCUGGGCCUUCUCCGUCGCCAUCGCCAUCUCCAUACAAUCGCGAUUCCGGACUCGGCAGGUCCGCCUCGAUCCGACCCGCUCCCGAAUCGUCCACCAUCACGUCGCCGACGUUUGCACCUUCAGCUCGGGCUAUGCGAUCGAUGGGCGAUCGACGACAAAUGAUAUCGCCGCCGAUGUGGCCCAACUCACCUCUGUCUCCCGGCGCUCCUAUCACUCCCGUUUCACCGCCAGGUUCGCCUCGCGAAGUCGUCGUUCGACAGCGCCGCAAGGCUAGUCUCCAAGGAGGAGUACUUUACACCCGCACGCAUGACAAUCAGGUCUAG